ACCGUUUCUUCUGUCAGAUCUGUCUAACAAUUUGUUUUGUCUAUCUUGGAUCGAUUUGCUUAUUUUAGUCUUGUAUAUUUUAUUAUUUUGUGGGAAUGGUAUUAAAUACAAAUUUUAAAAUUCUGUACUGUCCGAAUCCUUUACUAUUUGUUUAAUUUGUAUAUUAUACAAAUUAACUCGGUACUUGCAACCGUGAAAGUUAAUGCAUUCGUUACUUAAUCAAAACUUUUUUUUUUUACAAGUGACUUGAUAAGUGAUAGCUUAAGCCCGCGUAAGUUUCAACGGGCUUUAAAACACCAUUGGAACAGAAACAAUAAUUGCCGAGACACCCAUCGCACCAAAGUUCAGAGACAAUGAUGAGAUGUAACAAGAUUAUGAUGUAGAGUCUUUGAAGGCAGAGCAAGACAGCAUAGAAGGCCACCCACCACAUGUAUGCACGGUCAACACAAGCACACAAUUGCCACAGCCUGCUAUGAUAGUACAAUUUGACACUGAUUUGGGGAAGUCAAACAUUCUUUCAAACACAGGACACUCAGAAAAAGAUACACUAGGAUCACAGGAUAUGGACAUCAAAUCGGAGUGUGAACUCGAUCCACAGGCGAAAGGGGACGAGCAAAAUGAAAUCGAAGUGAAGACGGAGUUAGAAGAAGAAAAAGUACAAGAAAAUUCAGAUGAUGUCCCGCUAUUGAAUGAGCUGCCUGGAUCUAAUGGUCUACAUUCCUACCCGGAGUUUAUGCCGCUCACCAGCUACCUCUUGGAGCGACAGAGCAAGAUGCUACUGAGCGAGACAAACGAUAUUCAAGAUGAAAAACACUCGGUUGACGUUUCCGGUCCACAGUCGGAUGUGGGCUUUAACAGCAGCUCGGAGGAGAUCAUUACAGGAGACAUACCAGGUGUCGCUAUUGGUGAACUGAAUCCUGAAAAACGGAAAAGAACUGGAAACACCAACAACGGGAGAGGCGGCUUAUGUCCAGUUUGCAGUAAAUACAUCACGCGGAUAAAGAAUAUGAAACUACACAUGAGAACACACACUGGAGAAAGGCCAUACGUGUGUAAAAUAUGCAACAGCAAAUUUAGUAAUGCAAGCAUGUUACAGAUACACACACGGACACACACAGGCGAAAAGCCAUACAAGUGUGAAAUAUGUAACAGUCGAUUCGCUGUCAAAUCGCACUUGCGUCGCCAUUCACAAACACAUACGAACGAGAAACCGUACGAGUGUGACUAUUGUCAAAUAAAAUUCACAUAUCGUAGCUAUUUGGACACACAUUUGAAAAUACACACUGGUGAGAAACCUUUCGUAUGCGAUUUUUGUAAUAAAGGCUUUUCGAGAAACUCAGUGUUAAAUCGACAUUUGAGGUCGCAUACGGGUGAGAAACCACACGAAUGUGAUGUCUGUUUCAAGAAUUUCGCUGAUAAAAGUAAAUUAUUAAUACAUUCAAGGAUACACACUGGGGAGCGACCGUAUGAAUGUAAUUUGUGUCCAAGCAAGUUUAGUGAUGCGAGUAGACUGAAAGUGCAUAUGAGAACGCAUACUGGUGAGAAACCAUAUGAAUGCCAUGUGUGCCAAAGACCGUUUUCUGAUAAAUCUAAUUUACGAAGUCAUAUGAUACACACGCAUGAGAAAAAAGCUAAAGAUGUGAAGAACGAGACGACCUGAAAGUAUGCCAAUAAAUUAAUUUAUUUUGUA